UGGCUUAAAUUAACUCGAUUAAUAAUUAAAACAUCGUUUUUUGAUCUCAUUUACCGAGUUUUUUCAAUCGAAGCAAAAUUCUUGUGAUUUAUAAUUUUGUUUUUCUUUUUUUUUGUGUGUGUUUUUAUUGCGAAAUCAACGAUGACGACUUUAACAGUGGCUCAAAUUAAUGAGAUAAUUGCAACGCUAAAGAAUCUGAAAGGUGCCGACUGCCAUUUGGAUGAGGAAGUGAUCCAAAGCUUGUGCCGGCAGGCACGCGAAUCAUUCACACGUCAGCCCAUGCUGGUCGAGCUGGACGCCCCUGUGACCAUUUGUGGUGACAUUCACGGACAAUAUACAGAUUUGAUGCGAAUAUUUGAGGCAUGUGGUUGGCCGCCACGUACGAAUUAUUUGUUUCUGGGCGACUAUGUGGAUCGAGGCAAACAAUCCCUGGAGACAAUUUGUUUGCUGAUGGCCUACAAAGUGCGUUAUCCGGAGAAUUUCUUUCUUUUGCGUGGUAAUCAUGAAUGCGCCAGCAUUAACAGGGUCUAUGGCUUCUUCGAUGAGGUCAAGAGGCGCUAUAAUAUCAAACUCUGGCGCACUUUUACCGAUUGCUUUAAUUUUAUGCCCGUGGCUGCCAUUGUGGGGGAGCGUAUCUUUUGCUGUCACGGUGGCUUGAGUCCCAGCCUCCAUAGAAUGGAUCAAAUCCGCGAACUAAGCCGACCAAGUGAGGUGCCAUCCAAUGGAGUUAUGUGUGAUUUGCUGUGGGCCGAUGUAAACCGGGCCACCAAGGGCUGGGGGUACAACUCGCGAGGGGUCAGUUUCACUUUCGAUGACUCAAUUGUUAAGCAGUUUAUUAGAAGACACAACUUGGAUUUGAUUGUAAGGGCCCAUGAGGUGGUUGAGGACGGCUAUGAAUUCUUUGCUGAUCGCCAUUUAAUCACCAUAUUUUCGGCUCCAAACUAUUGCGGCCAAAUGGACAAUGCUGGUGGCGUGAUGAAGGUUACUAGAGAUUUAACCUGUUCGUUUUACAUAUUGAAGCCCUAUACAAAUGACAAUAAAAUUGUAUGCGACGGUGAUGUUCCUGUAAAUAACGGUAUCGUAUAAUAAAGUGUGUAGACAGUCCAACAUGAAAACAAAUUGUGAAAGAAAAAAUCACUUGAAUACGAAUAUGUUAGACUGAAGGACUGUUGAAAGGUCAAUGGCGGUACAUUGCCCCCCAUCCUAAGCCACAGAAUCACCUUUAGCCGUUGCCAUUGCCAUUGCCAUUGCCAUUGGCAUUGGAAUGUCAGCAUCAGCUGGGCAGACGACAGGUGGCUGGAUGGAUGGAUGGAUGGAUAUAUAUGUAUAUAUAGAUAUAUACAUAUGGAUGUCUUUCAGACUGGCUGGCACGCAUCUUUUGAUAUUUCAUUUGCAACUUUUGCUCAGUCAAAUGAAUUUUACAUGCCUCUUAACUUGAACUGACUGACUUGACUCGACUUGACUUGACUUCGAGUUGCCUCUGAUGCCUGAUGCUGAUUUGCUGCAAAUGAGGACUGAUGCUUCUAUUCUAACAACUUUGGCUGAGUUUUUUUGCUUUGAAUUCUGGGAUUCUGUGCUCAGUCUUGCAUACUCAAGUACAUGGAAUAUCUAAAGCUAAGUCUGGGCACGCUCGAAUAAUUUAAUACCCCGCACACAUAUGUAUGUACAUAUGUAGGACAAGUUCCGGCAGCCAAAAAAUAAAGUAUACAGUCCUCUAUGUGUGUUUGUGUAAGUUUUGUGAUCCUGUUCCUGCUCCUUUCUUAUGGUCAUACUCUUGGGUUCCUGGCUCUUAGCAUUUGGCAUGCACACAGCGUGCCAUUUGACUGCAAUUUAAUGCGCUCUACCAACAAAACCGUUGCACGCUUUAUGUUUUGCAAAAUGACAAAUCACAUUUAUUUAUUUUACUGUCUAGCUAUAAGCCAGGCCACUGCCUGAUGCCUUAUCCCCUUGGCCAGAUGCACUGUGCAAAAAAUGAAUAAAAGCGAAAAAACUCCAAACUAAA